UAAAUAUUAUGUGUCACUUAUUCUAAUUAAAAAUUUUACUUUAUUAAUUUAUGAAUUAAACAUAAUUAAUUUUAAUUUUUUCAUCUUCUUCUUCCUCUUCUUCUUCAGAAUCAUCUUCAUCAUCUUGGGUUGUGCGGGGUUUCAUGAGGAACCCAGAGCCAGUGCGGGGUUCACAAGGAACCCAGAUCUGGGUUCCUCAUGAAACCCAGCACUGGGUUAGCGAGGAACCCAGAACUGGGUUUCUCACAAACCCAGAGCUGGGUUUCGAGAGGAACCUCAUGAAACCCAGCACUGGGUUUCUCACAAACCCAAAGCUGGGUUUCGAGAGGAACCCAGACCUGGGUUCCUCUCGAAACCUAACAUUGGGUCUGCGCGGAACCCAGCUGGCUUGGAUCAAAACGGGGAGGACGGGGAGGACCACGGCAAUCUCCGGUUGGGGCAGCCGGAGCUGUACAAGCAAGCUGACAGGGACGAUCCCAAAGCUCUCCUUGAUGGCGUCGAUGUUGCUGGACUCGUUGGAAUCUUGCGCCAAUUAGGCGAUCUCGCUGAGUAUGUUUCUCGCGUUCUUAUUUGAUUUUGCUCUUCAAUUUUGGGGAUUGAUGGUGUUUCUAGUGUUGCAUGAAAAAAUUUGGAAAUUGAUU